CGGUAUUAUAAAGAAAUUUCAAACAAAGAAAUUUCAAAGGGUAGUAGUGGGUGUGGUUGUUAUCGUGGUAGUGGGAGCAGAGGUAGUGGUGAUGGUAAUUUUAGAAGUGGUGGUAGUGAUGAUGGUAUAAGUAGAAGUGGUGGUAGCUGCAGUAGGAGUGGUUGUGGUGGUGGUCGUAGUAGUAGUGGUCGUGGCAAUGGAAGUAGUAGUGUUGGUAGUGAAACUGGUAGCAGUGCAGGUGGUUGUGGAAGUGAUAAUUGUGAUAGUGGUAGAAGUAGAAGUAAUGGUUAUGGUAAUGGUAUUGGUGAUGGUAAUAGUAGUAGUAAUGGAUGUUAUAGUGGUAGUAGAGGUUGUGGUUGUGACACUGGUGGUGUUAGUGGUAGUAAUGGUGAUGCUGGAGGUAUUGGUUGUGGUGGUGAUAGUGGUAAUAGGUUUAAAGGUAAUGAUAGUAAUGUUGUGGUGGUAAUGGUAGUUCGAUUUAAUCUGAACAGAAGAUGGCAUCGAUCUUGUGGCGAUUUCAAACAGCAAUCGGGUAUUGUUUUUCGAUCUUUUUCCAAUGAAGGCAGUCUCUAA